AAGUUACUCACCUAAAACGUUAUCGCAUCAAGUACACAGAACUUUGUUGAGUCGAUCGCUUCGCGAGCGAAAGUUGCUUCUUUUUUUUAACGCCGGAUGCCAGACGUCGGUUCUUAGGCAUGUCCGCCACUACGCACACCACAAGCAACGUUCUUCAACACUUAUAUCCUUAGCACUGCAUCCGAUAUGUAUUCACGUGUAUUAUCGUCUUCGUGAUCGGUAACGCAUCGUUCGAAGUUUGUUGUCGGUCUGUCGCCGAAGCAACGCGUUAUGUUUCGGCCGUGAUCUCACGAUUAGGCAAAUGCCCACGAAUAUUCGUCUGGAUGUAUGAGCGGGGGAUGCGAGCUCUUAGCAUUGACUGAGUGCUCACGGCUCGUACAGGAUGCCGCCCAUUAGAACGGGCCAUUAUUGUAUUGUGGGCCUGCCGUGCCCAGUGUCUCCUUAAAUUGUCUACUAAGAGUGAUUGAACGUGUGAGUGGCUUUGAGAUUUUUUAGUAGCGGGGUAGGCUUGACACGUUACGUUGUGAUUUGGAUUUAAUAGGUACGGGUAUUUUUUUUUAUUAACAUUAAAGUUCUUUUUUCGAUUUGUCGACUUCCGCAAUCCAGUGCACUAUACAGUUACUAACUAGUGAUGCACAUGCAUUUUCGAAAUUCAAAAAACAGAUAUUGUGAGAUCACAUGCAAUGGGAACGGUCAUGUGACGGUACCGGAUCCAGGGUUACUCGCGCCAGUUAGUUCAAUUGGCCGCUUAAGUACCGACGAAGUUCUCAAGCAGGACGUUCCCUUUGAGAAUUCACACAGGAACCAAAAAUAUGAAUGAACCAUAAAAAUCAUGAGUAUCGAAGGCGUCUUAGUAUCAUACAACUACUCUUCCGACGAGGAACCAGCGAAGAUCCUCACGGUAGCAGCAUCAGGGAUCAAGUUCUCAGAGCGCUGGGUCCUAACCCACGGGUCCAUCAUUGCUCCGUUAAAAGUGGCCGAGACUAUAGAAAAAUCUAAAGGGAAAGUCAUAAAUGACGAGUUCUACGCGAACCUUCCGGAAAUCUACGUGACGUGUGAGCGGAAACCCUCGGAGGCGAUAUAUGAAGAGGUUAAGCAGUUGAGCAAAGAGAGAGCACCAGUAGACCAGAAUCAAGUUGAUUUGGAUCAUCCCAGUUAUUUCAUGCGGAUUUUGACUGGCAGGAUCUGUCACAUCUGGGAGUGUUCAUUGAUAGAGAAAUGUGUGUCUGCCAUCAUGUACAGCUGGGCGGUGGGGUUGAACCAGGGCACCGUGGAGCAGCAGAGCAGCCUCGGCAAGACGUUGCUACCCUUGUUCGUGCUGAUCGACUUGGAGACUGACCACAGAGGUUAUAAGGUGCUGCGUCCACUAUCAGCUUUGUUGGAUAUGGUGAGCCCGCCGCCCAACAGGGGCUCUAGAUUGGUAGUGCAUUCCACACCUUUUGGAUGCGAGGCUUUCCUCAACACUGAGUCUCAGGGGGCCGUGUCAUCGUUGGUUGGGCCGCGACCAUCGCUCCUGCUGACCGACGCGCCAACCGCUAUGGGCUCCGAAGGCGGCCCAGUCUUCAACGACGAAGCUAACCUGAUCGGCAUGGUGAUCUGCAGCGUGUCGUGGUGGUGCGGCGAGUGGGUGGGGCUGUCGCUGGUGGCGCCGUUGGCCUCGGUCCUCACCGCCAAGCUGCACGUCGACCCCCCAAAAUCACCUUCGCCCGAGCUCAGACGCCAGCCUAGUGUGUUGUUAAAGAGCAUCGACAACUCGACGGUGCUGGUGCAGUGCGGCGCGUCGUGGGGCUCGGGCGUGUACCUCGGCCGCGGGUACAUACUCACCUGCGCACACGUCGUCCGGAACUACGAGUUGUACAAAGUGUCGAUCUACUGCCAGCGGCAGCAGGAGGUGGCGAUAGUGCGGUACAAGUCGACAGAGCAGCGCGCGUACGACCUGGCGCUGCUGUUCACCGACCCGCGGCGCUGGGCCAGGCUCGAGCCCGCCGUGCUGGCCAAAACACCCGCUGUCAAAGGUGAACCGGUGCUGGCAGCUGGCUUUACUUACUUCAAGGUGAAUGACAUCGAAGACCUGCUGCCGAUAGUGACGAGCGGACACGUCAGCAACGUGUCGCCCUCCCUGCUGCAGACCACCUGCUGCAUACAGUCAGGGUUCAGUGGCGGUCCCAUCCUGCGCGUGAUCGACCAGCGUGUGGAGGUGGUUGGCAUCAUCACCAGCAACGCGAAGACUACGGACGGCGCCACUCACACGCACAUCAACAUGUCCAUACCCAUCAACCUGUUCUGCGAAGAACUAUACCAAUACCAAGAGGAUAAAGUUCAUUACCGACCUUUCCAAGGUAUGCAGCAUUCAUGCUCACGGGGCGAACCGAGGUAUUGGUCAUCCGACAUGUUAUUAUACCGUCCUACAUUUUAAAUUAUAAAGAAAUAUGGAAUUUAAAGUUCGGAAAUAAAAAUUAAAUAAAUGAUAACCAAAAUAGCGUAAAAUAGUUUUAUUUUAAGGAUAAGGGUAGGUAUACUGGCUUAGAAUGUGGCAAAAAAACACUAUAUGACUCCGUGUCGUUUUAUUAUAAUUAGUUGCAAGAGUAACAUGAGACUGACGAAUUGGUCUCUCGAUCAAUCGCAAAUAUCAAAAUUCAACAUCGACUUCCGAGGUACGUUUUUGGGACAUUCUAAGGGGGCUGGAUGGAUUGUAGUGUUACUGUGUGGGCGGACGUAUCGCUAACCGCCAGGCGAGCUCGUCUCUACAUUCGGUUGCAAUAAAAAAAUAUA